CCUGCCCCGCAGUACAUGUGGCCAGCGCACCGCAACGAGCUGAUGCUGAACUCCAGCCUCAUGCGGAUAACGCUGCGCAACCUGGAGGAGGUGGAGCACUGCGUGGAAGAACAUAGGAAGCUUCUUGCUGACAAGCCCAACAGUUAUUUCACUCAGACGCCGCCGACGCCGCGAGAUGCGUGCCGGGGGAUGCUGUGCGGGUUCGGGGCGGUGUGCGAGAGGAGCUCCACCGACCCCUCCCAGGCCUCCUGCGUCUGCAAGAAGACAGCUUGCCCCGUGGUGGUGGCUCCUGUCUGCGGCUCCGAUUACUCCACCUACAGCAACGAGUGUGAGCUGGAGAAGGCCCAGUGCAACCAGCAGAGGCGGAUCAAAGUCAUCAGCAAGGGACCGUGUGGCUCCAAGGACCCCUGCGCAGAGGUGACCUGCAGUUUCGGCAGCACCUGCGUCCGCGAGUGCGACCUCAACAAGCACGCCUGCGACAAGCAGGAGAACGUUUUCAAGAAGUUCGAUGGCGCCUGUGACCCGUGUAAAGGCGUCCUCAACGACAUGAAUCGCGUUUGCCGGGUGAACCCCCGCACCCGGAGGGCGGACUUGCUGGCCCGCCCCGAGAACUGUCCCCCGAAGCGGGAGCUUGUGUGCGGCGACGACGGGGUGACGUACGACAACGAGUGCGUGAUGGGGCGCUCGGGGGCCAUCCGGGGACUGGAGAUCCAGAAGGUGCGUUCAGGGCAGUGCCAGCAUCAGGACAAAUGCAAGGACGAGUGCAAGUUCAACGCCGUCUGCCUGAACCGCCGGGGCGCCGCUCGCUGCUCCUGUGACCGCAUUGCCUGCGACGGCGCCUACCGGCCCGUCUGUGCCCGCUACAGCCGCACCUACAGCAACGACUGCGAGCGCCAGAAGGCCGAGUGCCACCAGAAGGCUGCCAUCCCAGUAAAGCACAGUGGACCCUGUGACCUGGGCACACCCAGCCCGUGCCUGAGCGUGGAGUGCACUUUUGGGGCCACGUGCGUGGUGAAGAACCAGGAGGCCGUGUGCGAGUGCCAGCAGGUGUGCCAGGGCCGCUACGACCCCGUGUGCGGCAGCGACAACCGCACCUACGGCAACCCCUGCGAGCUCGACUCCAUGGCCUGCGUCCUCAAGAGGGAGAUCAAAGUGAAACACAAGGGGCCCUGCGACCGUUGUGGCAAGUGCCAGUUUGGGGCCAUCUGCGAGGCGGAGACGGGGAGGUGCGUGUGCCCCACGGAGUGCGUGCCCUCCUCUCAGCCCGUGUGCGGCACCGACGGCAACACCUACGGCAGCGAGUGCGAGCUCCACGUCCGGGCCUGCACGCAGCAGACAAACAUUUUGGUGGCCGCCCAAGGAGACUGCAAGUCCUGCGGCAGCACGGUGUGCUCCUUCGGCAGCAAGUGCCUGGGCGGGCAGUGCGUGUGCCCGCGCUGCGAGCGGCAGCCCUUGGCCCGUGUCUGCGGCACCGAUGGCCUCACCUACGACAACCAGUGCGAGCUGCAGGUGGCCGCCUGCCAGCAGAAGAAGAGCAUUGAGGUUGCCAGGAUGGGACCCUGUGAGGACGAGUGCGGCUCAGGGGGCUCGGGCUCCGGCGACGGUAGCGAGUGUGAGCAGGACCGGUGCCGGCAGUACGGGGGCUGGUGGGACGAGGAUGCGGAGGAUGACCGCUGCGUGUGUGACUUCACCUGCCUGGCAGUGCCACGCAACCCGGUAUGUGGCUCUGAUGGUGUGACCUACACCAACGAGUGUGAGCUGAAGAAGACACGGUGUGAAAAACGCCAGGAUCUCUAUGUCACUAGCCAAGGAGCCUGCCGUGCCCUUGCCACGACCCCGCCACCUCUCCUGGUGGUGCACUGCAGCCAGACCAUCUAUGGAUGCUGCCCGGACAACAUGACCCUGGCGCUGGGAGUGGGUGCAGCUGGGUGCCCAAGCACCUGCCAGUGCAACCCCUACGCCUGUAACUGCGACCCGGUGGGCUCCGUGCGCGAUGACUGUGAGCAGAUGACCGGACUGUGCUCCUGCAAGACGGGUAUCACCGGCAUGAAAUGCAACCAGUGCCCCAACGGCAGCAAACUGGGCAUGACCGGCUGUGAGAAAGACCCAUCAGCCCCAAAAUCCUGUGAGGAAAUGAGCUGCGAGUUUGGGGCCUCCUGCGUGGAAGUCAACGGCUUUGCCCACUGCGAGUGCCCGUCCCCGCUCUGCUCGGAAGCCAACAUGACCAAGGUGUGUGGCUCUGAUGGUGUCACUUACGGGGACCAGUGCCAGCUGAAGACCAUCGCCUGCCGGCAGGGACAGGUCAUCACAGUGAAGCACGUGGGGCAGUGCCACGAGUCCAUCACGCACACAAGCCACCCCUCACCACCCACGCCGCUGCCCACGCUGCCCCUGGACAAGUUAAUCCUUCCUCCGCCUCUACGGCUCACCACCCGGGCUCCAGAACCCACCGAGCUGGCUACCAGCUCUCCGCUGUUGGAAGCCAGGCCUACUGAAAGAGGUCACCCUACCACAAGGCGCAUCACAACUGCCAGACCGGCCACCACACCGUGGGUGACCCAUGGGGUGUAUAAGACCACCGUCCGCCCUCUCUCCACCGCCCCGGUGGUCCUGGCCACCACCCAGCCUGCCUACGUUGAAUCAGGCAGUGCAGAAGGCAGCGGCGACCAAGAGCUGGGCAUCAGCGGAGACCAGGAAUCAAGCGGGGCGGGCUCCGCUGGGGAAGAGGAGGUGGAGGAAAGCCAGGUAACUUCCACCCCAGCCAUCGAGAGGGCGACCUGUUACAACACCCCGCUGGGAUGCUGCUCUGACGGCAAGACGGCAGCGGCUGACGCGGAAGGCAGCAACUGUCCGGCUACCAAAGUCUUCCAAGGAGUCCUCAUCUUGGAGGAGGUGGAAGGCCAGGAGCUGUUCUACACACCCGAGAUGGCCGACCCCAAGUCCGAGCUCUUUGGAGAGACGGCCAGGAGCAUUGAGAGCGCGCUGGAUGAGCUUUUCCGCAAUUCUGACGUUAAGAAGGAUUUCAAGAGCAUCCGCGUCCGAGACCUGGGGCAGAGCAGCGCUGUCCGUGUCAUUGUGGAGUCCCACUUUGACCCAGCCACGUCCUACACGGCAGCUGAUGUCCAAGGGGCCCUGCUGAAGCAGAUCAAAGCUUCCAAGAAGAAGACCAUCCUGGUGAAGAAGCCCCAGCAGGAGCAUGUCAAAUUCAUGGACUUUGCUGUCAGCACCAAGAGACCCAGCUCCACCCUCCCUGCCACCACCCGGCGGAAGCCCAUGCGCCAGCCCCCCGCCACGAAGAACCCCUCCCGGCCCUGCGACUCCCACCCCUGCCUGCACGGUGGCACCUGCGAGGACGACGGGAAGGAGUUCACCUGCAGCUGCCCGGCAGGCAAAGGGGGAGCCGUCUGCGAGAAACCUAUCAGGUACUUCAUCCCCAGCUUCGGUGGCAAGUCCUACCUGGCCUUCAAGAUGAUGAAGGCGUACCACACCGUGCGCAUCGCCAUGGAGUUCAGGACCGUGGAGCUCAGCGGGCUGCUGCUCUACAACGGGCAGAACCACGGCAAGGACUUCAUUUCCCUGGCGCUGGUUGGCGGCUUCGUGGAGCUCAGGUUUAACACCGGUUCCGGCACGGGCAUCAUCACCAGCAAGGUGCGCGUCGAGCCUGGCAAGUGGCACCAGUUAGUGGUGAACCGCAACCGCCGCAGCGGCACGCUGUCGGUCGAUGGGGAGCCCCACGUCAGCGGCGAGAGCCCCCCGGGCACCGACGGGCUCAACCUCGACACCGACCUGUUCAUCGGGGGAUGCGACGAUCCCUGUCACCCCAACCCCUGCCACCAUGGUGGCAUCUGCCACGUCAAGGAGGCAGAGAUGUUCCACUGCGAGUGUCUCUACACCUACACCGGCCCGACGUGUGCCGACGAGAGGAAUCCCUGCGACCCUACGCCCUGCCACAUCUCUGCCACCUGCCUGGUGCUGCCGGAGGGAGGUGCCUUGUGCGCCUGUCCCAUGGGCCGGGAAGGAGACUUCUGCGAGCUAGUGACAGAGCAGGACCACACCAUGCCCUUCCUCCCGGAGUUCAAUGGCUUCUCCUACCUGGAGCUGAACGGGCUGCAGACCUUCGUUCCUGACCUGGACAAAAUGUCCAUGGAAGUUGUGUUCCUGGCCAAGAACCCCAGCGGCAUGAUCUUCUACAACGGGCAGAAGACAGACGGCAAGGGGGACUUUGUCUCUCUGGCCUUACACGAUGGCUACCUGGAGUACCGAUAUGACCUGGGCAAGGGGGCGGCCGUGCUCAGGAGCAAAGAGCCGGUUCCCCUCAACACCUGGAUAAGUGUCUUGUUGGAGAGGAAUGGGCGCAAAGGGGUAAUGAGGAUCAACAACGGCGAGAGGGUGAUGGGAGAGUCACCGAAAUCCCGUAAGGUGCCUCACGCUUUCCUGAACCUGAAGGAGUCGUUUUACGUGGGGGGAGCCCCUGAUUUCAGCAAGCUAGCUCGAGCGGCUGCCAUCUCCACCAGCUUCGAGGGAGCUGUGCAGAGGAUCUCCGUCAAGGGGGUGCCUGUGCUGAAGGAGCAGAACAUCCGCAGAGCCAUCGAGAUCUCCCCCUUCCGAGGCCACCCCUGCACCCAGAAACCCAACCCCUGCCAGAACGGAGGCACUUGCAGCCCCCGGCUCGAGAGCUACGAGUGUGCCUGCCAGAGGGGCUUCUCCGGGGCUCGCUGUGAGAAAGUGAUCAUUGAGAAGGCUGCUGGAGAUGCGGAGGCCGUUGCUUUCGAUGGUAGGACAUACAUGGAGUACCACAAUGCCGUGACAAAGAGCCACCUGAGCAAUGAGAUCCCCGCUCCUGAAGCGCUGGACUAUCCUGCGGAGCCCAGCGAGAAAGCCUUGCAGUCGAACCACUUUGAACUGAGCAUCAAAACAGAAGCCACGCAGGGGCUGAUCCUGUGGAGCGGGAAGGGGCUGGAGCGAUCGGACUACAUUGCCCUCGCCAUAGUGGAUGGCUUCGUACAGAUGACUUACGACCUCGGCUCCAAGCCAGUCGUCCUGCGGUCCACCGUCCCGGUCAACACCAACCAGUGGAUUCAUAUCAAAGCGUACAGGGUACAGAGAGAAGGUUCCCUUCAAGUCGGAAACGAAGCCCCCGUUGCUGGCUCUUCCCCGCUUGGUGCCACACAGCUAGAUACAGACGGGGCACUGUGGCUAGGGGGACUGGAGAAGCUGAGCGUGGCUCACAAGCUGCCCAAGGCCUACAGCACUGGCUUUAUCGGCUGCAUAAGGGACGUGAUUGUCGACCGCCAAGAACUGCAUCUGGUGGAGGACGCUUUAAACAACCCCACGAUAUUACACUGCUCAGCCAAAUAG